AUUUCAGGACUAAUCCAAAAGGCGCAGACCCCCUCUCUCUCGUCGUCGACGUCACCGCGACAGUCUCGCAAUCGCCGUCGGUAUGCUGCCGUUCGAGGAGCUGGUGGGUGGCGGACCUCUUGUAGGGCCCCAACUGCGUUCUUCUCCUCGAGCCUCCAGCUCGCCUCCAUUGCCGCCAUCCUCCACCUCCACCACCAACCCUCUUUCUCCGCCGAGGGCUGCCUCCUCAUCCUCUCCGCCCCAGACGCCCUCAAGCCUCAAAUUAAUCACCCGCCGUCUACUUGGAUCCGCGGUGCAGGUCCAGGACGUGGGCCCGGACCUCCUUACCGACCAGAAUGGUUUACUGUCUCAAGAGGACAAGGACAAGAUUAUAGCUUUAGCUGGGGACAUACAUGAAGCAGGAAGUUCUAGUGUGUCACCAAGUUUUGCUGGAGGAAUUGAGCUCAGGGAGGAAGCUUAGCCAUUGCUACUGAUAGUCUUUAUCCACGGCUCGAAUGGCAGGGAAUUGCAGUGCGAGUUAUCUCAUGAGUUCUGCUACGUCAUUUGGUUUACCUGUCAGGGUAGUAUCCACGAUGAGUGGAGAGUGGACUAUCAUGUGUUUCGCGCGAAUGAAGAUGAUUGUUUGCUGUGCUGGAUAAGAGUGUCCCCACACUAAAGGAUCGGCAGUGAAAAUGAAAUUGGGACCUCUAUUUCAUCCUGCUGAGGGACCAGUGCACACACUAAUAGAUCAAAAUGAUUGGAGAUUCUUCUGACUUUUAAGGUGCAUGUGUGUGUGUGUCAUGCACUAAGGAGACCUGGGCUAGCAAGCUGCGGGUAUCUGUCAUAUCUGCUGGUACGUACAAUGUGAUGUCUCGUCUCGUUCCUU